AUGGAUAAGGAGAACGGUGAGGACCCGGCUUCGAAGCCGCCUCCUGAUGGACUCCUGGACCCAUCGGGACUAUUUGGAGCGUACUGGGGUCGCGAGGGAGCGUCGGCUGCGCAGGCGCAGGCACAAGCUCAAGCCGCUCUAUUUGGCUUCGGGUCGCGGUAUCCCCCGCCUACAACACUUGGGGUCGCCGCUAACCAAGCCGCAUCGCUUAGCUUACACCCCGCAGCUAGUGCGGCUUGGUGGUCGAUGGCCUCUCACCUCGCGGCUCAAGAUUACCUGGCUAGGUUACAGGCAUCCGGUUUAAGUUUCCCACCACUUGGUGAUCCCUACGCCGCUCUAUCAGCGCUCGCUGCUGGCAAGCAUAAGCAGAAGACGCCGCGGAAUGACGGGUCUGGCCGAGGGUCGUCAGCCAAAGAGAAGCCUCCAGCCACCAGCACUAGCUCUCAGCCGACCAUUCCUGACUGGGGCUCAUCGUACGGAUUCCCUCCAUCAUCAACACCGUCUGGGUCCCUGUCAUCGUUGGCAUCACUCAACAGUCUCGCACAACAGCCACACUCAAAACACAAGCCGCCCACUAACAGAAAAAGUUCUAGUUCAAAUAAAGAGAAGGAGUCUCGGGAUUUAAUGCUGGCACAUUCAGCUUAUCAUGCAGCACUCACUAAAGGAAAGGGUAUGUCCUCGUUGUAUCCAUUCGGUACUCCUGACAAAGAUCGUCGUGGUAUAGACUCCUUCACUGGUUUACCACACACUAUACUCAGUGAUCCUUCAUCAGUCCUAGGAGGGGUUCGGUUGCCUCCAGACACAGAGAUUAUUAAAUAUACUUCAUCUCUAGCGGGGCCCAAGCUUGCGCCGGGGUCAACGACCCGUGGCCGAAAAAAGACCAUCUCAUUGGACCCGCCGCGAGUGUCGGUACACCCCGCGUCACCCGCCGCGCCGCCCACACCCAACAAGAGACAGAAAGUGGAUGAGUUCGGUAAUUCCCGUUCAUCGGUAGAAGUGAUCCGUCUGCCUAACAAGCCAGACAGGAACAACGUGCCCACUCCGCCGCCCAACUUGUCGGACUACGCCGGUAUAUCACGAGAGUUAUUACAAACUAUCGCCAGCCAGAGCGGAGUUAGCUUAGCGGCGUUGGAAAGACAGUUACAGCCAUCUAACAACGAAUCAGGUCUCAACUUGAGCACCAAGUCGACUAACAACUCUGAAGACGCGCCUCUGGACUUGGGACUCAAAGACGAAGAUACUCCUUUGAACCUGUCGCUUAAACCCACACCACCGAACACUCAAGCCUCCGACGCAUUAUCGCGACUCACAUCAUUAAGUAGUUCACUCAGUGCGUCCAAUGACCGGAUAUCUCGCCGAAAGCCCGGGGCGAAGCCGCGUCGUGUGGCGCCUGACGCUCAUGAUUCACCGCGACCCAAGUCCAGUGGCAGUGAGGAUAGUGAAUCUCUCCCAACCUGGCCAUCAAGAGAGGGUCGUCCUCGCAACCUCGGGCGAGGAGUCAGCAAACCCAAGAAGAACACUGUCGCGUCGCUCCUGGCGCAGAGCAGGGCGCUGGGACUACGACCUGCGCUGGCGCAACAACUACUGGCUGAAACUGAUAUAGACAAGUUACGCGUCCUCCUAGGUGAGACAGCCAGUACGGACUCCGAGUGCCCUUCAGACUCCAACCCUUCAGACUCGGACACGUCUGACGGGGGCCGGAGACACAGCGACCCGCAGCUGAGACUGCCGCUGGCGCUCGGUUGGAAACGAAUAACUGUAAUCAAGGGUCUGUCUCGCAACUGUAAUAUAAAGGGUGACGUGAGCUACACGCCGCCUGAACCAAACACGGGGAUCACUAUAAGGACGACGGACGAGUUGAACGCGUUUCUAGAGUCCAACCCCAGCCCGCCGCUGUCGCGCGACUCGUUCACAUUCAGCGCACGCGUGGUGCUGGGCGAGUACGUGCAGCACACGCACGAGGAACCGGUCGUUAUGACCGAGGGGGAGAUCACUAAACGGUUAGAAGAAGCUCGAGCAUUAGCAGCCCUAAGUGGACGACCAACCCCGCCGCCUUUAGAACGACGUAUGGAACUGGCGAGGAGGCAACAAGCAGCCAGGGACGCGAGGAGAGACGGGAGGGGGAGGGACCAGGCUCGUCUUGUAAGGGAAAUAGAACGAUCGGAGAAGGCGGAGGUUGUUAAACGAGAGAAGGAGGCUCGGAGCGCGCAGCUACUAGAGCAAAUCAACAAGAGCAGAUCGCAGCUGACGAUUGAAGCUCUGCCGCAAAGACAUACUGAUGAGUGGAAAGUACCGGAGAUCGGGCCUUUGAAAAGAGACAAAACGAUGCCGCAGAUAAGCUUGUCGCUCAUACCCGUCAGCUUGAAAGAUAGUCCGAUAAAGACGAUGAACUUAGAACAGAACUGGAAAGGAGAAGUUGAGGAAUACAACGCACUAGAUAAAAUGAAAGACUUCGCUGAAAAAGCGUCCUUUGACCUACCGAAACGUCCCAACGACAAAUAUUUCGACUUCAGCCUCACCAAAACACCCGACAAAAGAAAGGCACCGGACAAAGAGAACAAUCUAGAAAAACUCAUAGAAUCAUAUUCCAGAAUAACCGAAUUCAUAAACGGCUGUGACUGGUCGAAACUGAGAGGCGACAAAAAAUCCGACGACCCAAAGAGUUUGGAACAGAAAUAUUUAGACGCGAAAAACGAAUUCAUGUCACAGAACCUAAUGCUGAUGCCGAAAAUUCAGAAAUCAGUUCUAAAGGAGGUCAUUGACCUCAGUGGAGACGACGAUAUACUUAAAGACAUUAUAACCAAAAAGAUAAACAGAGGAACGUUCCAUGUGGGGAAAGACGGAGCUUUAUCGAUAUCGGUACAGCCGUGCAAGGACGCGAGUCCGGCUAAGAAGAGAAAACAGGAGGAAUUGGAGAAACAGAAAAUUGAAGAUCAGGCGAAAAGACAGCAGGAGAGGGAACUCAAACGACAACAGGCGAUGCUUCUAAAGGAACAGGAAAGGGAAAGAAGGCGACAGCACACAGCAUUCAUCCGUCAGCUAGACGCGAGGAGACGGUGGGAGGAUCGUGAAAGAAGAAAACAUCAGAAUCUUCUGGACAGACUUCUGGCUAAAGAAAAGAAAUUACAGCAGAGAAGAAAGGAAAUGGAAUUACUCGCUGAGUUAAGACGUCCUCAAGAGGAUUCAUCUCUAUCAGACCACAAACCUCUUCCCAAGUUGGACCGCAUCCCAGGUCUUCGUAUCCCGGGUCAAGCUAUGGCUGAUCUGCUGCAGGUCUACGAGUUCCUACAUAACUUCGGACAGGCGUUGGGAUUCGAAGUGGAGUCGCUACCUACACUGGACACAUUACAGAUGGGUUUGAUACCGACCUGUAGCCAGGACGCCGAAGACGAACUGAUGAAUGUGUUGACUAAACUACUAGUGGUGGCUAUCGAAGAGCCGGGUAUACCCCACCCGGGUCGUCACACCACUCUACUGGGUCACGCGCUCCGUCUGGCUGAACUAACUCCGGACACACUCAGUGAAGUGCUCCGGAUAUACUUAUAUGCUUGUGCCACCGCUGAGGUUAAAGCUCUUACUGGUUUGACCGUGGAGCGUGAACGAGACCGGCGCGUAGCUGAUCAUCAUCAAAGCGACGCGGAGAUGCAGAUGACCUUCGCCAGUAGUAAGAACACUACCUACUACGAACAUCUACACAGCAACGCUACUUAUAAACUAUCAGAACUGCUCCGCGACAAGCCGUUCGCAGCCCUCCCUCCGUCCAGUAAGUGUCGUAUGAUGGCCCGCGUGUGUGACGAGCUGCUGCAGAGCCGCUCCGUGCUGAGGCAGCUGGACGCGUCGCUGGAACACCUCGCGCAGCUACGGAGGGACAGAUACCUGCUCGACACAAGGAUACGCAAAGUUCGUGUAUUACAACAACGCAAAGCCCGAGCGGAGGCCGCUGAGAGACAGCAGGCGGCCGCACUCGAUCGUAUGCACAGAAUGGUUGAUGAAUCACACACACAUUCACACGACACAGAAGACAAACCAGAAACUCCUAAGAAGGAAUCCUCGCCAGACAAGCAGCAUACUCCAUCCCCAUUCAAGGAUGAGAGUGACAAAGAACUGUCUCCACUGAAGGAUCUCAGCAAGAAAAUGUUGAAUAACAACAAGGAUGAUGACGUCAAAGAUAAGGAUGACGUCAUGGCUGACUGUGACGGACUGCUGAGUGACCUGGAGAGCGAGGGAACGCAGCCCGAGGAGGAUGAAGACAAGAAUUUAUCUUCCGAGGAAUUAUCUAGAAAAUUGGAGAAGUUGUUGAGACAGUCAGAACAACAGUUACUGGCGUUAGCUGCCGGCUCACACGAGCUGAGGGCCACUUGCUACGGACAAGACAGAUAUUGGCGUCGUUACUGGUCGCUGGGUAAGGCGGGCGGCGUGUUAGUAGAGGCGUUAGAAUCAGCACAGCCUGAAACUAUUGAUUAUCAUGAUAGAAGGGAACGGGCUGCGCUUGCAAAGGAAGACACUCUCAAUUCUGAUAACGUCGAUUCUGAGUCAGUAAAAGUUGAUGCUGAAGCAGAGGCCCAGGAAUUGAGGAGCAUUAAGAAUGAAUUAAAUCUAAGUGAUCGGACACAGAUUAUAAAAUAUGAACCGAACGUCACUCAUGGAGUUUGUAAAGUUGAAGGUUCAAUAAAGAUGGAAGAGAAAUACAUUCAACAUAAACAAAGCAACGAAGAGGAAGAUAUGUUGGAUAUAGAAGACUCUAUACCCACCGCCUUCUUGGUACAGAAACCUACACACAAACCUAUGUUCGCACAGCAAGCGGAACAGAUGGACAAACCACAAGAGAUAGUCAAAGUAGAGAAUAUAGUUAAGAACGAAACAGAACAAGAAGAAGAAAAGGAAAACACGGUUAAUAACUUAGAAGAAUUAAGAAAAAUGGCGGAAGCUGUAUCCUCAGAAUUAGACGCGGCAAAGAAAGCGGAAGCAGACAAAAUAGAAAUGGACGCUAAAAUAGAAGAAACAAAACAAGCUGAGGUUGAUUCAGCUCAUAAUAUAUUAUACACAAAGAUGUUAGAAGGAAAAUGGUUCUCAAUAUUACGACAUGAGAGCUCAUUUUUGAAUAACAUCAAUGAUAAAAACGAAAUAGCUGUAUUCUGCGACAACGAACACACAUGUUCUGAAGUUAUUAACUGUCAGGGUCAUAAAUGGGAUGUUUCAAACAAUCUACACUUGUUGAAUGACCCGAGUUUGUUCACAUUAAACUCUAUGGUGACAAGCGUGCAAGUGCCAGCUAAUAAUGUAUAUACUGAUUCUAGUUUGACAAUGUCGGGUAUAGAUCAAGAUGAGUUAGACUCGAGUCUUAGUAAGGACGCGCAAGAUGUUGAAAUGGAGGAAAGCAAGGAAUUGGAAACAGAUGUAGAUAAAGAAGUUCAAUCAGUAACUAAGGAUAUAUCCCAAAAGACGAAAGCAUCAAAUCUAUCAAGUCUAGGUCUACUAAAUUUCAACGCUCUCUCAACCUACGUGACUUGCGACAGCCCGCCUCCCAUACAAAUGACCCCCGAUGAACUAGAACAAUUAGAGAAUGCUAAAAUACACGGACUACCCAAAAAAGUUGAGGGCAGUUAUGUACCUAAGGAACUGAGACACGGCUGGUGGCGUAUCUCCCGACCGGAGCAGCUCCAAGAGUUGUUAGACGCGCUUCACCCUCGAGGAGCGAGGGAGAGGGAACUACACGCGGCGCUGACACAACACCCGCCAACUAUUAAUAAUAAGCUGUACAUAGACCCCGGUAGUCCCCGCGCCCGCCUCACUACCCCUAGUGAUCUAUCUGAAGAAGGUUACCCGCCACCAGAUACACCGGGCUCAUUCUGUGCCCUCACCGCGAGGAGGGUGGAUAUGCAAUUAUUAGCUAUGGUGGAAGCUUUAGAAGAAAGAGUCGCAGCCGCAUCCAUGCAGGUGAAGGGCUGGCGAGCAGCUCGUUUAGCGUUACCAGCGGCGGCCACCGGCGCCGAGAUCGUAGCACGAGCGAGACACAAGCUGGCGUCACUAGAGGCUCACAUCGAGCGACGGUACCUCAAGCCGCCGCUCGUGCAGAGGUACGUGCCCGACGGCGGCCGGACCGCGACUGAAAGAGAUGGAUUAGAUACGGAUAGUAACGGUGUCACCUGUGUUGUAAAGGGACGGAUAUACAGUCGCAUGUGUGUGAGGGAGACGGACUACGGAAAUUGCCGUUGUGUACAUUGUCUGUCUGUGUGUAGUUCAUCGGAGGUGUUGGGAGCAGCUCUUCAGGCAGAUGGAACCGCGCAUCCCGACGCACAGGAACAUAAGUCUGAUAAGGGCAUCUCCCGCGGUCUGUGCGUGUGGCGCGAGGCGGUGUCUCGCUGUAACACGUCGGCGCAGCUCGCGAUGUUAUUACACGCGCUGGAACACGCUGUGGCCUGGGAUAAGAGCAUCAUGAAGGCGAAUUGUCAGUUCUGUCUGUCUGGUGACAACGAGGACCAGUUGUUGUUGUGUGACGGCUGCGACAAAGGGUACCACACGUACUGCUUCAAGCCAAGGAUGGAUAAAAUACCCGACGGAGACUGGUACUGCUGGGAAUGCGUGAACAAGGCGCGCGGCGGGUCCCGUGAGCGCGUGUGUAUCGUGUGCGGGGGCGCAGCCCGGGGCAGAGCCCUGCCCUGCGCGCUGUGUGUGAGGGCCUACCACCUCGACUGUCACUACCCGCCGCUCACUAAGAUGCCUCGCGGCAAGUGGUAUUGUAGUCAAUGCGCUUCCCGGGCGCCCGCUAAGAGACCCAGGAAGGGGAAGAAAGAUAAGAACAAGGACUCGGAUAUAGAUGGCGCUAUGGUGCCCAGUCCCGCGGCGUCUCACGCCUCUACGUCGACCACAGCCGAGGAGGGCGGGCUGCCAGCACCCGAGCCGGAAAGAGAUGACACGGACAACGACGGACUAACACAUAACGUAUCAGUUGACACCUGCGAUGAAAGCCACGCUUCGGGUAACGGAGCUUUACUUAAUGACACCAAUUCCGAAGACCAUGAGUCAGAAAACCUACCGCUUCUAUCCCGUGCCAAGAAAGAGAAAAACAGUGCCAAAAAACAACUCAAAGAUAUGCAGUUUUGCAAGAAUCUUCUGUGUGAGAUGGAAUGUCACGAGCAUGCCUGGCCGUUCCUGGUCCCCGUGAACACUAAACAGUUCCCUCAGUACAGAAAAGUUAUUAAAUGUCCCAUGGACUUGUCCACAAUCAAGAGGAAAUUACAUGAGUCCGGUUACAAAUGCAAGGAGGAGUUUGCUUCCGACGUCCGUCUGAUCUUCAGUAACUGCGAGGUGUUCAAUGAAGACGAGAGUCCCGUGGGGCGAGCGGGACACUGUAUGAGGGAGUUCUUUGAGAGGAGAUGGGAACACGCUUAG